AUGCUCAAGGUAGAUUAUUGGAACCGUGAUGAAAUUAUAAUGAACAUCAAUAUACGGUUAAAAAGAUAUUCAUUAUUAAUAUGGUUAUUGUUUGUCUGUUGUAUUACUUUUUAUAUAAAAUUUGAAUCAAAAAGAAAUGAAGAGAAAUUAAUCGAAGGUCAUUUUUGGAUAUUUACUGAUUCACAUGUUGAUGUUCAUUAUCGACAGGAUGGUGACCCAUCUACUGGUUGUCAUAAUGUACCAUUAAAUAAUAUGACAAAAAUAAUUCGAAAAUUUGGUCAUUUUAAUUGUGAUACACCAAAUGAAUUAGUAAUAUCAGCAUUAUCUGCUGCGAAAAAAAUUGAUUCAAAUAUUGAUUUUAUUAUAUGGCUCGGUGAUGCAGCAAGUCAUUACUCUCCUGAUGGUGAUACGGUCAUAUCUAUUUAUUUAAAUUUUUCUCAAGAAUUAAGAAAGUAUUUUCCAAAAACCCUUGUUAUUCCUGUUUUAGGAAACCAUGAUGUUGUCUUAAAGACAAAUCGAUCAACACGUUUUAUAGAAUUUUAUAAUCAAACAAAAUAUAAUUUAUUAUUAAAGGAUGAUAAUGCACUUCAAACAUUUUUAAAAGGUGGUUAUUAUUCAAUACGUUUUCAAGCAUUAAAAACUAAACAACAAACAAUGCUACGUUUUAUUGCGCUUAAUACAGCAAUGUUUCUACCACAAUAUACAGAUUAUUUUGAUUUAAAUGAAGCUAAUGAACAAAUUGAGUGGUUUAAUAAAACAAUGUUUGAUGCACAGAAUCUCAAUGAUCGUAUAUUACUUUUAGCUCAUGUACCAUUUGGUAUAAAUGAAAAUUUAUUAUAUAAAUUUUACGAUAUAAAAUAUGAACAAAAACUUUUAUCUAUAAUUAAUAAAUAUUCAUCAAAUAUAAUAAUGUGUUUAAGUGGUCAUCGUCAUCAAGAUGUAUUUCGUGUUUAUACAUCGUUAAAUACAACAAUGGGUGUUAUUGGACAUCCACCUAUUAGUCCUAUUGGUUAUUUAAGUCAACCAUCAAUUCGAAAAUAUUCAUAUGAUAGAAAAUCACUUAUAUUAACUGAUUAUGAACAAUAUUCGUUAAAUGUAAUUGAAGCGGAACGUACACAAAAAGAUCAAUGGACGCUUGCUUAUCGAUUUUCAUCAUGGUAUCAUCAAUCGAAAGAACUUACAUCAGAAAAUUUAUUUCAACUGAUUUAUUUAAUACGAACAAAUUCUUUUUAUUUUAAACGUUUUAUAUUAGCAAAACAUUAUACAGAAAAAAUAAUAUUAACAAAACAUCGAAUAGCUCAAACAUUAUGUGCAUUGACAUUGCUUAAUUUUGAUGAACUUCUAUUAUGUACAAGAAUAUUAGAAAAAAAAGGUAUUCAAUAUGAUAAUAUCGUUUUUAACAAUUCAUUAGAAAACAAUUUUCAUAUGAAUGAACAAUUAAUAGAAUAUAGAAUUAUUUAUAGACGUGUUGCACUCAGUCUUUUUAUAUUUCUUAUUAUUAUCAUAUGGAUUAUUUAUCGAAUUUCUUUGAAGUUUUUUUUAUAG